GACGGAAUAAUAAAGGCAUUGAAGAGUAAGCUCUCCUGGGCCGCAUCGAUGGGCUACCUACCGUCACUCGGCAGCAAGGCGGUGCACCUUGUCUCCGGCAUCACCUCCGCCUACCUUAAUCCCAUCUCCGAUGAACCUGCUGACCACUCUGUUAAGUUUCUUUCACUGUCUUUCUAGUAUAGAUGCUGAAGCGAUUACGAACUUCAUUAAUUCACUAGAUCAUGGUUUUCCUUGGAUUUCUUUGAACUUGUGUAAUAGCUGUGAAAUGGAUUAGAGCAGAUCGAGAUCUAUUUGAAUAGGGAAAUUGGUUGAAAGAAGGCAAGAAUCUGAUACAAAAUGUUUCGCCAUUUUUGUGGAUUAUAAAUUUCAUGGUUCAAGUGUCACUAGGCAACCAAAUAUCGUGGAAAUUGGAUGCAUCAUCCUGUUAUAGCGCUAUGUGGAAUUGAUUGAAAAUGAAUAGCGAUUGGAAGAGAAUUUGGAGGCAAAGAGCCUGGAUGAUGCAGACUUACAAGGAGGUUCUAAAUCUCCAAAUGUUCCAGACACCACCUCUUUCACUGCAUUUAUGAUCUCUCUUUUGUCAUCGUCAAACUCAAGUAAUCAUCUUCCUGAAGACCUACAAGAGCAUCAUGCUGAAGAAGAAGAGAGAAUUUCAAAGUCUGUACCUAAUGAAAAUAGUGGAAGAAAAGGCAUACUUGCAAGAGGGAAGAAAAAACUUGGGAAAGUUAUUCACAAGGCAGCUAAAAUGAGUGGAUUUAGACAUAACUCAGUGCCUGAAGUUGAUUGUAACAUUCUAAAAGAUUCGGAGUUGAAGAGACAUGAAUUGAGUCCAGUUGAAGUCACAAAGAAUGAUGCAACUCUAUUUGAUCUACCAGAGAUGUCUGAACCCUCAUUACUUCUCUCACACAAUACGCGUGCUGCUCUGUACUUUUCACUGCCAACAUUAGUCAAAGGGCGGAACUGGCUCCUGCUUUAUAGCACUUGGAGACAUGGUAUAUCUCUAUCAACUCUUUACAGAAGAAGUACAAUUUGCCCUGGUUACUCACUCCUGGUCGUUGGGGAUCAGAAGGGUGCUGUUUUUGGUGGCUUAGUUGAAGCACCAUUGCAACCAACCAGUAGGAGAAAGUAUCAGGGAACAAACAUCAGCUUUGUUUUCUCUGAUGUAUCUGGAACUCCUGUUAUCUUUCGGCCUACAGGUUCAAAUCACUACUUCACUUUGUGCUCAUCUGAAUUCUUAGCAUUGGGAGGGGGCGGUCACUUUGCAUUGUAUUUGGAUGGAGAUCUGUUGAACGGAUCAAGUUCUUCUUCAGAAACUUUUGGAAAUUCGUGUCUUGCACACACUGAAGAUUUUGAAGUGAAGGAGGUCGAGUUGUGGGCUUUUGUCUAUGCUUCCAAAUACGAUGAGAUCGUGGAUUUGUGUCGAACAGAGAAGCCUGGAAUUUGCAGAUGGUGAAGGUACUCUAACUGCGUAAGCCAUGCCAUAGCACAUAAAACUCCUGGAAUUUUCACGUAGGAAAUAUACAACUCUGACUAAUUGUGUACAUGUCUUGUUUGCUUCAUGAAAAGUAUAUUAUCUAAAUGUUCAAAUC